CCGUCGGAGGCCGCAGCAGCGAUGCAUCUGCACCAGGUGCUCACCGGCGCCGUCAACCCGGGAGACAACUGCUACUCGGUGGGCAGCGUCGAGGACACCCCGUUCACGGCAUACGGCUCCGGAUGCGAUAUUGUUAUCCUGGCAAAUGACUUUGAAUGUGUGCAAAUUAUUCCUGGUGCUAAGCAUGGAAACAUACAAGUCAGCUGCGUGGAGUGCUCCCAGCAAGGAAGGAUUGCAGCCUCUUAUGGAAAUGCCGUGUGCAUUUUUGAGCCCCUUGGGGUGAAUUCUCAUAAGAGAAAUUGUCAACUGAAGUGUCAAUGGCUGAAGACAGGGCAGUUUUUCCUCAGUUCUAUGACCUUCAACCUAGCAUGGGAUCCUCAAGGUAACCGGCUGCUGACUGCAACAGAUUAUUUGCAGUUAUGGGCCCCUCCAUCUAGUGAUAUCCUAGAAGAGGAGGAGGAAGAUGAUCCUGACUUGGAGCUCAAAGAUGAGAAAAUCCAUCCUGUUCUAAGCGACUGGAAAUGUGUCUGGCACUGCAGAACGGCCGUGUCCGUACAUCUGAUGGAAUGGUCCCCAGAUGGAGAAUAUUUUGCCACAGCUGGAAAGGAUGAUUGUCUCUUAAAAGUCUGGUAUCCGAUGACUGGUUGGAAAUCCUCUCUUCUCCCCCAAGAGAGUGAGGAACCAAGAAGGACCUCCACGCCUGUUCAUUUUGCCUUUGUGUAUCUGGCACAUCCUCGAUCGGUGACGGGAUUUUCGUGGAGAAACACAAGCAAGUUUAUGCCCAGGGGGUCUGUUUGCAACGUGCUGCUUACUUCCUGCCUUGAUGGUAUUUGCCGGCUGUGGGCAGAGACCUUGUUACCCGAAGACAGCCUUCUGGGGGAGCAGAUUUGCGAGACCAGCACUUCCAGCAUUAGCAAUAGCAGCAGCUUCUCCCGUUCCGGAAGGCACAAGGACAACAUCCAGCAUGCUUUAGAGACAAUUCAUCACUUGAAAAACAUGCGAAAGGGUCAGCGAAGGUCCUCUGUACUGAUCACUCACACCGAAGAUCUACCUGAUCAGCUGGGAACACACGAGGUUCAGCGGCACAUUUCCCACCACGCUAACGCGCUCUGCCAUUUCCACAUAACUGCAAGCAUCAACCCGAACACAGACAUUCCGCCAGCUUUGCUCAAGACGGCUUUUCACUUGGAUGAAGGAAACGAAGGCUUUGUGGUUCAUUGGCUAAAUAACAAGGAAUUCCAUUUUACGUCCUCGACUGAAAUUUUUAUGCAACACCUACGAGAGCUUACAGAUCAACAGAUGAAACAAGCAGAAGAAGAUGCUGACGAGGAGGAAAGAGAGGAAGAGAAGGAGAGGGAGAGAGAGAGGGAGAGAGGUUUGCUGAUGAAACUUGAUCAUGAAUUGUCUCUAGAUAGAGAGUCUGAGACGGGGACUGGCACAGGAUCCUCAGAACAUGAAGAUGGGGAAAGAGAAGGGAGCCCCAAAAUCCUUUCACCAGCUGCCUCGCCCAUGCCGCUUCCCACUGUCUUGUUAGAUAGGAAAAUCGAAUUGCUCCUUAAGGAAUGGAACAAGAACCCAGACAUGCUCUUUACCAUCCACCCCGUAGACGGCACCUUUCUAGUGUGGCACGUGAAAUAUUUGGAUGAGUAUAAUCCAGGGAUCUUUCGGCAAGUUCAGGUUUCAUUUUCUUCUCAGAUCCCUGUCGCGUUUCCGUCGGGCGACGCCAGCUCCCUUAGCAAAAACAUCAUGAUGUAUGCCUGCACUACGUCUGCGAAAGAAAUCGGCGAGGCGCUGCUCCAGAAGAGAACUAGCAUUUCCGACAGCCUGUCUGGAUGGAGGCCGGGAUGCUCCCAGGACAGCUUCAGCGCGAACAUCACAGUGCCCACAGUCAUGAUGGUUUCUAAGCACAUAGACGGCUCGCUCAACCAGUGGGCGGUUUCUUUUGCAGACAAGUCUGCUUUCACGACGGUGCACACAGUCACCCACAAGUUCAGGUACUGCGGGCACCGGUUUCAUCUCAACGACCUCGCUUGCCACUCGGUGCUCCCGCUCCUGUUGACGUCUUCCCAUCACAACACCCUGCGGACCCCGGAGGCCGAUCAGCCGUGGGACGCUGAUGGCCUGAACAAGAUGAUGGAUCCCAUCAAGCACCUGAAAGGUUCUUCCAGGCAGCAGUUUAGGAACGCAGCGACGCUUACAUUCCACGACCCAAACGCCAUCUACAGCGAGCUGAUUCUGUGGCGUGUGGACCCCAUUGGACCUUUGUCGUACACGGGUGGAGUGUCGGAAUUGGCUCGUAUCAAUUCUCUCCAUACCUCUGCCUUCUCCAAUGUGGCCUGGCUCCCAACUCUUAUUCCUAGCUAUUGUCUCGGUACCUACUGCAAUUCUGCGAGUGCUUGCUUUGUGGCAUCGGAUGGUAAAAACCUGAGGUUAUACCAAGCCGUAGUGGAUGCACGGAAACUUUUGGAUGAACUGAGUGACCCAGGAUCCUCUAAACUCAUCGGUGAAGUUUUUAACAUUGUGAGUCAGCAGUCAACAGCUCGGCCGGGAUGCAUUAUUGAACUAGAUGCUAUAACCGACCAGUGUGGGUCAAACACGCAAUUGCUUCACGUCUUUCAAGAGGACUUCAUUUUGGGAUACAAACCGCAUAAAGAGGAUGCGGAGCUGAAAGAAACCGAGAUAUUUUUCCAGCCAUCCAAAGGUUAUCGGCCACCACCCUUCUCCGAAAAGUUUUAUCUAGUUGUAAUUGAAAAAGACACAAAUGGGUGUUCCAUACUUCAUAUGUGGCAUCUGCAUCUUAAAUCAGUUCAAGCAUGUGUAGCAAAGUCUGCUGAAGUUCAACCGUCAGGAAACCAGCUGGGCAUACCUGGGCAACAGACCGUCGACUCAUCUCCAGAUACCUCACCAGGUGCAGCACCAAUGCCCCGUUCUUCAUCUGUUGCUAAUCUUCAGACAGCUAGUAAACUUAUUUUGAGUUCUAGCCUGGUCUACAGUUGCCCAUUGGAUAUUCCAGUUGGUGUAGAAGUUGUACGAGCUACUCCUUCUGCAGGACACCUGAGCUCUUCGUCAAUUUACCCAGUCUGCCUCGCACCUUACUUGCUGGUUACUUCCUGUUCGGAUGACAGAGUCCGGUUCUGGAGGUGCUCUGUAGAGACGGCGGUGAACAGCAGAAAUGAAACGAAGGAAACCUAUCACUGGAAGAAGUGGCCUUUAAUGAACGAUGCGAAAGAUGACGACAGCAGCACAGUGGGCAUUUCGGGAAGGCCUGUUGCUGUCAGCUGUUCCUAUACGGGGCGCUUGGCUGUGGCAUACAAACAACCCAUGCAACACAACGGUUUUGUUUCCAAAGAAUUUUCUAUGCACGUAUGUAUAUUUGAAUGUGAAUCCACCGGAGGGUCGGAAUGGGUCUUGGAGCAGACGAUUCACCUGGACGAUCUAGUGGAAGUCGGGAGCGUCCUUGACUCGAGAGUGAGCGUGGACAGUAAUUUAUUUGUAUAUAGUAAAAUGGACGUGUUUUUGAACAAGGACCGGCACCUGAUGCCAAACACCAAGCAUUUGGUCCACUUGGACUGGGUUUCGAAAGAAGACGGCUCACAUAUUCUGACGGUCAGCAUGGGUGCAAAUAUAUUCAUGUACGGCCGACUUUCAGGAAUUGUGACUGAGCAAACAAGCAGCAAAGAGGGUGUUGCUGUCAUUACUUUACCACUAGGUGGUAGCAUAAAGCAAGGCAUAAGGUCCAAAUGGGUGCUGCUGAGAUCCAUUGACUUGGUGUCCUCUGUAGAUGGCACCCCUUCAUUGCCAGUCUCUCUGUCUUGGGUAAGAGAUGGGAUACUGGUCGUGGGAAUGGACUGUGAAAUGCACGUCUAUGCACAGUGGAAGCACGCCGUGAAAUCGGGGGGAAGCGAGAGUGACUGUUUCCUUGGUGAAGACUCCCCCACGCAAGAUCCAUUGAAGACCAGUUGGCUGGCCAAAAAAACCAGCAUCAUCGACGGAGCGGGCAUUGUGGACGAUGUUUUCGGAACCCCCACUGUGAUUCAAGAUGGCGGGCUUUUUGAAGCCGCCCACGUCCUUUCUCCUACCCUCCCGCAGUACCACCCAACCCAGCUCUUGGAGCUGAUGGACCUGGGUAAAGUCCGCAGAGCAAAAGCCAUUCUUUCGCAUUUGGUGAAAUGCAUUGCAGGGGAAGUUGCCAUUGUGAAAGACCCCGAGUCAGCCGACGGCGGCUCUAAGCGGCACCUCUCUCGCACCAUCAGCGUAAGUGGCAGCACGGCAAAGGACGCGGUCAGUACAGGGAAAGAGGGAACGCGGGACUAUACAGAGAUCGACUCUAUCCCUCCGCUGCCGUUGUACGCGCUGCUUUCUGCAGACCAGGAUUCCACGUACAAAACGGAGGAAGCGACCAAAAGGCCCCAAGGCUCAGAAGACCAUGCCAAAAGGAAGCCAGAGGAUCACUAUUCAGAUCUGUUCCAGGUUCAGCAGGUGACGACGGACGACUUCAUUGAUUUUGAGCCAGAAAGGAGAGAGCAUAAAUCCAAAGUCAUCAACCUGUCUCAGUACGGGCCGACUUACUUUGGGCGAGAGCAUGCCAGCGUCCUCUCAAGCCAUCUAAUGCACUCAAGUUUACCGGGACUUACUCGCCUAGAGCAGAUGUUCUUGGUCGCCUUGGCAGACACUGUUGCUACCACAAGCACUGAGCUUGAUGAAAACAGAGAUAAGCAUUACUCAGGGAGAGAAACUUUAGAUGAAUGCGGCCUGCGGUACCUGCUAGCUAUGCGCUUGCAUACAUGCCUUCUGACAUCACUCCCACCUUUAUAUCGUGUUCAGCUACUUCAUCAAGGUGUUUCUACAUGCCACUUUGCCUGGGCUUUUCAUUCGGAGGCAGAGGAAGAGUUAAUCAACAUGAUCCCUGCAAUUCAAAGAGGAGACCCCCAGUGGUCCGAACUAAGAACUAUGGGUAUAGGCUGGUGGGUCAGAAACAUUAACACACUCCGAAGGUGCAUGGAGAAGGUUGCAAAAGCAGCAUUUCAGAGGAACAAUGAUGCCUUGGAUGCUGCACUAUUUUACCUUGCGAUGAAGAAAAAAGCAGUGGUGUGGGGUCUGUUUCGGUCUCAGCAUGAUGAGAAAAUGACACAGUUCUUCAGCCAUAAUUUCAGUGAAGAUAGAUGGCGCAAAGCAGCUUUGAAAAAUGCUUUUGCUUUGCUGGGGAAACAGCGCUUUGAGCAGUCGGCUGCCUUUUUCUUGUUGGCUGGGUCACUAAAGGAUGCUAUUGAGGUGUGUCUUGAGAAGAUGGAAGACAUCCAGCUAGCUAUGGUUAUCGCUCGUCUGUAUGAAUCUGAAUUUGAGAUAUCCUCCACCUAUACAGCCAUCCUUUAUGAGAAGAUAUUGGGGUGUGAGAAAGAUGGAAGUGGAUUCAGCUGCGCAAAACUGCACCCGGACCCUUUCCUGCGAAGUCUUUCCUACUGGGUAAUGAAAGAGUACACUAGAGCACUCGACACUUUACUGGAACAAACACCAAAGGAAGAUGAUGAAAACCCAGUCAUUGUCAAAUCGUGCAAUCCUGUGGUCUUCAGUUUCUACAACUACCUUCGCACUCACCCCUUGCUCAUCCGAAGAAAUUUUUGCCUGCCCGAUGGGGCCUUUGCCACUUUAGGAUUGCAAGCCGAGAAAAGCUUGAUCGACCGAAUCAAUCUUAUUGAGAGAAAGCUGUUUUUCACUACUGCAAAUGCUCAUUUUAAAGUGGGGUGCCCCGUGCUAGCUCUCGAAGUCCUUUCCAAACUCCCCCAAAUAAGCAGCAAAUCCAAUAUCUUCAUCAAGACAGAAGAAGCCGGCGAGACUCCUACUAUGCAGAACGGUGUGAAAUUGGAACCAAAGGCGUCGGGCGAAGGCAGUGCUGCAGACUGGUCGCAGCCCGGAGAGAGCUCAGGAGAUUUGACAAGUCAGAUGGAGUCCUCAGCCCUUGUUGACUGGAGUAAGCCGGCAAUAACGUUUGAGGAUGAGCCUCUGAAAUUGGACUGGGGGGAAGACAAAAGCAGUUCGCAGGAAGAGGAGGAGGGCGAGGAUGGUUUGCAAAUGAAGGGCUCGAAACAGGAACCAGAAAGUGCAAAGCAGGCCGGGAGUAGUCUGGGCGAUGAUGCGUAUAUAGACGACAUCGAAGUUGACGUGAUCGCCGAGCAGCUGAAGUUCAGAGCGUGCCUAAAAAUCCUCAUGACGGAACUCAGAACGUUGGCCACCGGCUACGAAGUCGACGGAGGGAAGCUCCGCUUCCAGCUUUACCACUGGCUGGAGAAGGAAAUUGCCGCUCUGCACGACAUCUGCAACCACGAAGCGCGCGGGAAAGGCGAGGUCGAAGCAGGCGGCCACAUAAACGGAGACCCCCUUGACCGCGAAGAAGUGGGGGAAAAGGGGGACAUCGGCUCGUACGAGCGGCACCAGAUCGAGCGGCGUAGGCUGCAGGCCAAGCGAGAGCACGCAGAGCGGCGGAAGUGGUGGCUGCAGAAGAACCAAGCCCUCCUGAGGGUUUUCCUAAGCUACUGCAGCCUACACGGGGCACAGGGCGGCGGUCUCGCCUCUGUGAGAAUGGAGCUCAAGUUUCUGCUGCAAGAAUCGCAGCAGGAAUCGACAGCCAAGCAACUCCAGUCGCCCCUCCCGUUGCCCACCACACUACCGUUACUGUCGGCAAGCAUUGCUUCAACAAAGACGGUUAUAGCCAACCCCGUGCUGUAUUUAAACAACCACAUCCACGAUAUCCUUUAUACUAUUGUGCAGAUGAAAACGCCACCCCAUCCUAAUGUUGAAGACGUAAAGGUGCAUACUCUCUAUUCAUUAGCCGCUUCCCUUUCUGCAUCUAUUUACCAAGCCUUGUGUGACAGCCACAGCUACAGCAGUCAGACAGAAACAAAUCAGUUUACAGGAAUGGUUUAUCAAGGACUGCUAUUGAGUGACCGGCGCAGACUGAGGACGGAGAGCAUUGAAGAGCACGCUACACCAAACUCAUUGCCUGCACAGUGGCCUGGUGUGAGCUCACUCAUAAACCUCUUAAAUACAGCCCAGGAUGAGGACCAGCCAAAGCUAAAUGUCUUGCUUUGUGAAGCUGUUGUAGCGGUCUACCUGAGCCUGCUGAUACAUGCUCUGGCUACCAACGCUUGCAACGAAUUGUUUCGACUAGCGGCCCACCCCUUGAAUAACCGAAUGUGGGCUGCUGUCUUUGGAGGAGGAGUGAAGCUUGUGAUCAAACCAAGGCGGCAAUCGGAAAAUAUUCCAGCCCCUCCAGUUCCUUCGGAAGACAUGGACAAGCAUCGCCGCAGAUUCAACAUGAGAAUGUUAGUGCCAGGAAGGCCGGUCAAAGACAGUGUUGUCCCUCCGCCUGUGCCUGCAGAAAGACCGUCUUACAAAGAAAAAUUCAUCCCUCCGGAACUCAGCAUGUUGGACUAUUUUGUCGCAAAGCCAUUCCUUCCUUUUUCAGACAGUGGUGUGAUAUAUGAUUCUGAUGAGAGCAUCCACAGUGAAGACGAGGAUGAGGAUGCUUUCCUCUCCGAUAUGCAGAUCCUGGAGCACAAGGAUGCCAACUCCUACAGCUGGGCUCUUAUCCAUUUGGCGAUGGUGAAACUUGCUCUGAACAAUAUUAAGACCUUUUUCCCCAUUGCUGGUUUAGAAAUACCUGAUCUUCCAGUCACCUCGCCGCUGGGUAUCGCUGUGAUUAAAAAUUUGGAAAACUGGGAACAAAUCCUUCAAGAAAGAGUGGACCAGUUUGAAGGCCCGCCACCCAAUUAUAUCAAUACCUGUUUCGCUGAAGUGGGAAUAGGACCAGGAGCAGCUGCCGCCCGAAUAAAAGCAAUGGUUGACCCUGAAAACACACCGUUCAAAUCAAAAGAUUAUUCAGCACAGCCGGCCAAAAGGCUGUGGCAUUUUCUGGUGAAGCAAGAAUUACUGCAAGAUACAUUCCUCCGAUACACGUUCACCAAGAAAAGAAAGCAAAGUGAGUCUGUAGAAGAUCGCGAGAAGCAGGUCAUUCACAACAGCGUAGCGGACGAUUGCAAACACAAGGUCGAAGCAGAGCUCGGCUACCCUGGAGGAAGAGCAAAAAUUAUACACAAGGAGUCGGAUAUGAUCAUGGCCUUUGCAGUCAAUAAGGCAAACAUCAACGAGAUAGUGUUAGCUUCUACGCAUGAUGUUCAGGAACUUGAUGUCACAGCCCUCCUGGCUGCUCAGUCUUACGUAUGGAUUGGAGAGGAGUUUGACCGAGAAUCUAAAAGUUCGGACGACCUUGACUUCCGUGGCUCCACCACGACGCUCACACAGUCGAGCACGGCGUCCUUUGCGGUGGCUCAGAUGCAGCCUGUCUCUUCUUCAGUGACUUCGUCUAUGCCAUGGUUGGGCAGCGGGCAAACAAGUACUGGAGCUGGCGUGCUCAUCAAGCGGAAUUUGAAUAACGUUAAGAGAAUGACUUCCCAUCCAGUCCAUCAGUAUUACCUUACAGGAGCCCAGGAUGGUAGCGUCCGGAUGUUUGAAUGGACAAGGCCGCAACAGUUGGUGUGCUUCCGACAAGCAGGCAAUGCACGGGUUACUAGAUUGUAUUUUAAUUCUCAGGGCAAUAAGUGUGGUGUGGCUGAUGGAGAGGGAUUCUUAAGUAUCUGGCAAGUAAACCAAACUGCAACUAAUCCUAAACCUUAUCUGAGCUGGCAGUGCCACAGCAAAACCACAAGUGACUUUGCAUUCAUUACCUCUUCGAGUCUAGUAGCCACCUCUGGGCAGUCCAAUGACAACAGAAAUGUGUGUUUGUGGGACACCUUAGUGUCACCAUCCAACAGCCUCAUACAUGCCUUCACUUGUCACGAUCACGGUGCCACAGUGCUACAGUACGCACCCAAGCACCAGCUGCUGAUUUCGGGAGGCAGGAAAGGGCGUAUCUCCAUCUUCGACAUCCGGCAGAGGCAGGCCCUGCACACCUUCCAAGCUCACGACUCUUCGAUCAAGGCGCUCACCCUUGACUCUUCCGAAGAGUGCUUUUGCACGGGCUCCGCAGAAGGCAAUGUGAAGGUGUGGAGGCUGGCAGACUAUGGUUUGGUCCACUCGUUUAAGCACGAACACGCCAAGCAGUCCAUCUUCCGAAACCUCAGCACUGGAGUCAUGCAGAUUGAAAUGGCACCAGGCAACCGCAUCUUCUCCUGUGGAGCAGAUGGUACCCUGAAGAUGCGAGUUCUACCCAACGCUUUCAGCAUCCCGUCGGGCCUCUGCGACAUUCUGUAGACUUUGCCGCCACCUCCGUUCCCUUUCCGAGAAACGUGGCCGGGACCGGUAUUGUGGCGAAGCGAGCAUUUUAAGAAGGGGUGACGCCACACUUCAUAAUCGAGAGUUAAUUAUUGCAGCCUU